UUCCACGUUUGUUGAGUCGGACACAGUUAAGUACUUAACUAUCCUUUUGUCUGUCAUGGCCUUCAGAAUUGAACCGAACCGUGUAAUAAUAAAAACUGAGUAAGACGCUGAAUUUGCUCGUGACACUGCGUCAUGUCUGUAAUCUUGAAAUGCUGAGGGAAACCGCUGCAUCUGUUUUACGCAUGUUCACCUGAAUUCAGGCUAAUUUCAAACACUAAUAUUCUUUAUGGUAGUUUUAGUAGUUAUACAGUAGCUGAUAUAAGGUAGAAUGUCUGCCACCGUUCACUAUUACCCCGCAAUAUUCAUAUUUUUGGCAGAUGAAGUCUUUUUCGGGCUUCUAUACCGUCGCUUUGGAAUGGAGAGAUAGUGCUCUUGUUAUUAAGACAUAUUUGCCUCCUCAUAACAUGAGUGGCGGAAUGACAUUAAACCAACACAGCUAUCACUGAAACACACAUGUAAAUAGUAAGAAAAAACAGGGACAAAAUGUUGGUUACUACGUAUGCCAAAAGUAGGUAAUACGGUAUAUGGUUGCUCAGUUAGAGGUAAACCCGACAGGUUUGCUCUUGUAGCUAACUAGCGUUAGCUAAUUAACCAUGGAAUACCUCAGGACUUUAAAACGCUUGUUUAUCAUUGCCCAACAUUGGACACCCAUAAGGUGUAUCCAGCCCAGGCACUGUUCUAAUUUAGCUAAAACCAGUGUGACUUCUAGAGACAGAAGGACAACUGUAGACAAGUUCAGGUCCCAGAUUUCCUCUGGUCCAAGUUUUCAGGAUUUCAUCAAAGGAGUUUCUGCUGGUAAGACUUAUCCUGCAGAUGAAGAGUACUGCGACACAGAGAGUUAUCUUUCUGAAGACUUGGACAUGGGGAAUUCACGGAAAGUGUAUUUUGAAACAUAUGGAUGUCAAAUGAAUGUGAACGACACAGAGAUAGCCUGGUCCAUACUACAGAGGAAGGGUUAUCAACGCACGGUUGCCUUAAAUGAGGCAGACGUCGUCCUACUGGUAACCUGCUCUAUCAGAGAAAAAGCUGAACAAACCAUUUGGAAUAGACUACAACAGCUGACAGCUAUGAAGAAGAGACGGCUGAAGACCCACACACCAAUGAAAAUUGGGAUUUUAGGCUGCAUGGCAGAGAGGCUAAAGACGGAGCUUUUGGAGCGGGAGAAGCUGGUGGAUGUUCUUGCUGGUCCAGACGCCUAUCGGGACCUCCCCCGCCUCUUGGCUUUAGCUGACGGAGGUCAACAGGCAAGCAACGUGCUGCUGUCGUUAGAGGAGACCUAUGCUGACAUCAUGCCUGUCCACCAUGCUCCUCAGGGAUACAGUGCUUUUGUAUCCAUCAUGCGAGGCUGUGACAACAUGUGCAGCUACUGCAUUGUUCCCUUCACCAGAGGCAGAGAGAGGAGUCGACCUGUCUCCUCCAUACUCGAGGAAGUCCGUAUGCUGUCUGAGCAGGGUGUGAAGGAGGUGACUUUGCUGGGUCAAAAUGUGAACAGCUACAGAGACACGUCAGAAGCACAGUUCUGUGGCUCAGACCUGACGCAGCUCAGCCGGGGCUUCAAGACCAUCUACAAAACAAAACAGGGAGGUCUGCGCUUCUCCGACCUGCUGGACCGAGUGUCACGCAUCGAUCCUGACAUGAGGAUCAGAUUCACCUCCCCUCAUCCCAAGGACUUUCCUGACGAGGUUUUGCACCUAAUUGCGGAGCGAAAGAACAUUUGUCAGCAGAUCCACCUUCCAGCCCAGAGUGGGAGCAGCAAGGUCCUCAAAGCAAUGCGCCGCGGAUACACGAGAGAGGCCUACCUUGAUCUUGUGAAGAACAUCAAGAAAGUUAUCCCAGAGGUGAGUCUCAGCAGCGACUUCAUCUCCGGCUUCUGUGGUGAAACAGAGGACGACCACCAGCAGACUCUGUCUCUGAUCAGAGAGGUGGGCUACAAUGUGGGAUUCCUGUUUGCCUACAGUAUGAGACAGAAAACCCACGCCUUCCAUCGGCUACAAGACGACGUGCCAGCAGAGGUGAAGCAGCGGAGGCUGGAGGAGUGUAUCAGUGUGUUCAGAGAGGAAGCUGCAAGGGUCAACGCUGCUCUCAUCGGCAGCACACAGCUCGUCCUGGUGGAGGGAGAAAGUAAAAGAUCUGCCAAGGACAUGUGUGGGAGAACUGACGGCAAUAUCAAAGUGAUUUUCCCCAAAGAAGGUGUUUCUGUUCAGCCUGCAGAGUCCAACGCUGCACCGGUCAAUGCUGGAGACUACGUCCUGGUGAAGGUAUUGUCGGCGAACUCCCAGAGCCUGAGAGGCCGGGCCCUCGCUCACAGCUCCCUCGGAGGCACGGUGCAGCACCGUGAGACUCUGCCCAGGCGCCAGCUUGACCGACGUGUGGCCUCAGACUCGGCCAUGACUGAAACAUGCCCUUGACUGGCCCAGGUGACACCACUGGAAACACACCCUUCUGUUUUUGGGGGAAUACUAGCACACUUCCAUCUUCUGUUGAAUGACUUUGAAGGCACAUGAAGGUGGCUUUACAUGAAUUUUGAUCAUCUUGCAGUCACACUGGACUGCUGUGAAAACUGCAAUGUGUUAUUUAUACUGUCAGUGGUAAUAAACUGCCUAAGAUCCUGAACCCUGUGAGGAUGAUGUGAAUUAUAGCGUCUUAUACAAACUACUGUGACUGAUUUGUUUUGUCUGAAGCAGCGGUGCUUGAUUGAUAUCUUGGCAUUUUUUAUAGGACUCUGCAAACUGCAGUAAAAAUGUCACGGAUCAGCGAAUUUGCAGAAUCGCUCCGUGAGCUGCAAAGUCAGAAAGUUUGAGAAAGAAUUUGCCCAAAGUCAGCAGCAGAAAGUGCUGUGAUCUGCUUUAAGGAGCAUGUUAUUACAAAAAGAUGAUUGUGGUGACAAACAGCAAACCCUGUCCUGACUGUCCUGUUAUGAUACGACUGCAGUGACCCUGUUGGAAAAUUUCACUUCCCCCAUCUAUAUUUUAUAUAAAGAAAGCCUGAGUUCAGAUUGUAAAGAGAAGAAAAGUGAGAUAAAAAACAGAACAAUCAUAUAGAUAUGACGAGGAUACAAACAUAUUUCUCCGGCUUACAGAGUACAUGAUUCAUUUUUUUCUUUAAAUUUUCUGUCGGGUAGUUGCACUCUGGCUGUGAUUAUAUCUUCAUGUGCAGCGCAGAAAUGAAUCCUGGGAGUUUCCAGAAGUGGCGUUCAAUUGGUGAACUCAACAUCUGUCCCAAUCA